UAGCUGGCGUCCGCUACUGGCUGCCCGCAAGCUAAUGAGCAGCUUGUGCAUAUAAAGGCCACUGCGAGUGGCGCCUCGGCUUCAAGUGGAUGUCACGUUUAUCUAUGGCCGGAAUUAAUAAAUUUGCAGCGUGGGAGAGUUACAUUAAAAGUAAAAAACAAAUGAGCAGCCGUUAGCAGCUUAAGAGCCCGCCGUAAAUUUAUGACACUUGUUGCUGAACGAAGUGCGCGCGCCUUCCCCCGCUCCGAGCCAUCUGCUUAUUAGGACUCGCUCUUUAGCCGUGUGUAACGGUUUAGAAAUGUAAACGAGAAACGUUUUAUAAUUAUUUUAUGAACUUCAAAGUUCGCAGUCGCCCGCCUGUGAGGAGUGGGGCAGGACUACAUCGCUGCUGCUGAUGGGCUGCCUGACUGCUAUAUAAAGCCAGUGAAAGUGGCCAUCCAGCGCACAGUUGCUCAUCUUGCCAAUCUGCGAACACACACGCGCUUCGCUUGCAGACGGAUUAGCCAUCGAGCACAUUGUUUCCAAGCAUGUUGUCCACCUGGCGCCUGCUGCUGCUGCUCCUCGGCACUUGUAGCYCGCUCUAUGCUCUGCCCACACACACGGCCACGGAUCUGGAGCUUAGCACCUGCGAGCUGCAGCUGGGAAAGUAUCGUCGCUUCAUACUGCAGGCCAUACUCAGCUUCGAGGAUGUGUGCGAUGCCUACAACUCGCGACGCCUGGCUCCAGAUGAUGGCCCCGGUACCUCCGACACCUGGCUAUUCGAUCAAUACGCGCCACCACCAACAUCGCAGCGUGGCGAGAUUUGGGCCUUCUUCAAGCUGCUAAUGGCACAGUUCAAUGACCUGGAGUUUGCUUCCAUCAUUAGGGAUGCGGUCAUCGAGCGCUGUCGCCUCAAGGUCCAGAGGGAUGACAAACGCAAUUCGGUGGUUCUCGGCAAGAAGCAGCGCUUCCACUCCUGGGGCGGCAAGCGCUCACCAGACCAAGCAUCGACGCUGUCAUUGGCUGAUGCCGUUGCCGGCGCAGGCAUGGAACACAAUUUAUAUUAAUCAUAAAGAUUUCUUGUAAUCAGCUCUUGUUCGCCCAUCUACAACUUCGUUCCAGAUAUGUAUGAAAUGUCACUCUAUCAAUUAAUUACUGCACUAGUUCUAAAUAUUUAACAACAAUAACAAUAAAACUAUCGCUGAGAGAGGUUA